AGUUCGAACGCGGUACGGCCGAGCCCAUAAGCAUUUCGGUUGAACGGGUUGUAGCUAGUUUCAACACUUACGGGAUCGCCGUCGUCUUCGGCAAACCGUCACCCGCCAUGGUCAUGGGUAUACCGCUAUCACAGAUGUCGAAAUCGAACAUAGUGAGGCAUUGUGUAUAUGUGCUGCUCUUGUGAGUGAGUCAACAACCCUCGACCUCAAAAGACAGGUCUCUUCGGCUUUAGAUUUAUUUGUCAUGUGUCUUGAACCAUAGAAAUUGUUUGGGCAGCACCAGGUGGUCCCGUCGACCACCCUGUGCCAUGGUCCGAUUUCCAGCGAGUGCAGCGGGCACGUGUGCCGUCACCUACCUCCAUGGCCAUUGAUAAAGAUGUCUUGUAGCGUUACUGAGCGGGUCCCGGAUAACAGAGGCGCAGUUGUGGGUCCCCAAGGGGGAGCAGGUCCUACAGGGACAACCGUAACCGUAACUGGAACAGGAUGUAGGCUACGAGGUACCGGCGCAAGUAAUGUGAGUUUAGCACCAUCACCGAAUUCCAGGGGUAGCAUACCGAUUUCAAGUGCUCCUCAGAAUGGGCCACAAUCAAGUGCUCAAGGUGCUCCGCUACGGCCAAAGCCUUGUUGCCUCCUAUGGUGCUGUUGCUGCAAGUGUCCUUGUUCAAAUCCUGGUGGAAAAGCAAACGAUGAAAACGGACCUAAUAGAAAUUCAAAUAAUUCGGAUGUGAUGUUAAAUUGUGAAUUGGAACCACCUCCUUCGUUAGAAGAGAUCCGGAAUUGGGGCAGAUCUUUCGAAAAACUCAUGAAAAGUCCAGCGGGUCGGCAGGUAUUUAGGGAUUUUCUAAGAGGAGAAUACUCGGAAGAAAAUAUAUUAUUUUGGUUAGCGUGUGAAGAACUCAAACGGGAAACGAAUUUAGAGGCAGUAGAAGAGAAAGCAAGAAUUAUUUACGAAGAUUAUAUUUCGAUUCUUUCUCCCAAAGAGGUGUCGCUGGAUGCGAGAGUACGUGAGAUUGUAAAUCGUAACAUGGUGGAACCGACUCCACAAAUGUUUGAAGAGGCACAACUUCAAAUAUAUACCCUAAUGCAUAGGGAUAGUUAUCCACGUUUCGUCAACUCACCGUUAUACCGAUCAUUGUCUCAACAACAGAGUGCUUCUUCAGCUCCCCAAUCUGCUGUGACGACAUCAAUGAUCACAACGGCUUCUUCGGGGAACCAGGACGGUUAACGCCGUACCCUUUUCAACUAAGGCGGCCUAACGAGAGACACGACAGUCGACAAUAACCUCGGCGGGCGACAGUCGACUAUACAAGGCGUCUCAAAAAAGAAGAUUGCCGCAGCCGACUCGGAGCCUAACGCCGAUUCUUCGGAGCAUUCCUCGCACAGUGCACUGUGACAUGUGACCGUUUUAGGGCCACAGCGCCGGCGCCGCAUAAACCCCAUAAACACAGGACGCUGUGAGAUUUAGAUGUGUUCGUAAAAUCAGUUUUCCGGCACAUGUUCACUUUGUACAAUAGCAAUCAUAUUUCUCUGAACUGGACCUAAUAGUCGCUCACUUCUUAAAAUUAGUGUUGUGUAAUAAUAACGAAAAUAUGAUUCAUCUCAUUGUAAGCUGGGUAAAAAAGUUGGAUGGUAUCGACUGAACUAUCAUCAUGUCGAACUAACUAAAUUUUCAUGAUCACUUUAUGCGAUAUUUUGCGAAACUGAUACAUUUACAGCAAUAAAACAAUUAUACAAUUAGCAACAUUAAGACAAAGACCUUCAAAGGUGUAUCUUUGGGCAGCUUGUAUAUACCGGAAGGAUCCUUGUUCCCACUUUUGGUAGUAGCGUCUUCGAUUUCUAUAGCUUUUGAAUGGUUGGUCACAGUCUUUAGAAUGUUUUACAGAGUUCUAAAAUGACAUCCUUUUAAAACAUGUCACAAUUUCGAAAAACAAAUUACUUAACUCAUGAUCCUGGGUUCGAUUGUCCUUCAGUACAGAGCUUUCUGGCCACGAGUCGUCUGUCAAAUAUUGAUGCAUGAUGUGACCGUUUAAAUUUAACUGUUCAAUCGUAAACCUUAUUGUUAAACGACAGUCAUCCCAUUUCUCAAACAAUCAAUAUUUGAUUGAUAAUCUUCACUUGUGCCCACGGAAAAUUCAUAAAGAAGAAUAAUGAUCCCAUUGCGCUGAUAAAUUUUAGAACAGCAAUUCGGAAUUUGUAGAAGUUGAAUUACUGAAUUUUUUAUCAUAAAAAGAGAAGACCUCCAGAAGAAUAGUUGAUUUCAUAAUCAGGUUUACGUUAAAUUAAAACAAUUUUAUUCAUACUAUACUACACUGUAACCGCAGAAUCCAGAAUGGAGAGUACCAGUUACAAAUAAUGUGUCUUUUUAGUUAAUUAUAUAUGAGAAUUAUUUGAAAUAAACCUUUGUAUUCGUUCUGAAGCUCUUUCAUAAUUUUGAAAAUUGAAAUUUUGAACAUGAAUUCAGUGUAUAAAAUGAUAAGUAAAUUUUUUCAUGCGGUAACUAUAUCAGUAUCGCAAUUGAAGUCUUUUUAAUUAUUGUUAUUAUUGGCUCAUUUGCACAAUCACGUGGGUGUUGGUAGCACUUAGAUUAGCAAGUGUAGAACACAACAAGCUUUUUAUAAUUCAAAAUACGAGUUAUUCAACCCUACUUGUAAUAGAAAACGAAAUAGAUUAAGCAAAUGACGCCUACCUCAAUAAUCUAUUAAAAUUACUGCCUUUUAUAUUUGUAUUCCUAAUUUUUCACCAGCCAUUUUAUUACUUUUGUUUAAUCCUGUAUACACUGUGUUGAUAAAGAAUGAAAAAUAUGGAUCGUGCGUGAAACUCACGAUUAUUUCAAGGCUUGUAAACUCUAGGUGAUCAGCUGAUCAAUUACUUUAAUCAGAAAAUUAUAAAUCACUUUAUAUGUAGGAAGCAAUACAAAAAUAAAUUUUUUGACUCAGAGAAGUCAUUUUUCAUUAUGUUGUAGUAAUCUGAUAAAUUUGGUAUAAGACAUAUAAUUUCACGAAAGAUUCGAUACAUUAAUUAUGGAAAUUUUAGAAAAAGGUAUGUUUCACUCUGUAACAACUUGUUGUUCUUGGUUUUACCUUGUAAUGUAUAUUUUGUAUAAGAAAUGUCGAAUGUGUAUAUAUUGUAUCCUUUUUAUCAGAAAUAAAAUUAAGUUUUUGAAACUCAAGAAUUAGUAUAAACCAAUCGAGUUCACAGAUGGUUGGUUGAGAAAAAAUUAACAGAUUUUACCUGUUAUAUUGAAAAUCAAACUAUUUCCAAGAUAUUCCUAACAAAUAUUUAUUCACAAUGGUAAAUAUAAUCAAAAAAUCAAUAACUAAACGCCAUAGAAUAAAAUGAUGAUUCAUUAUUGGUAAUAAUUGUAUCUGCAUUAUCAUCGAAAAUAUGUGGAGUGGUCAAAAAAGAUUUCAAGUCGAAUAAAAAAAUAUUUAUUAACAAUUUGUGGAAAAUAUAAGAAGGAAUUCAAAGACAUGCAUACCUAAUACGUUAGAAACAUUUCUUCAACUAUUGCUGCAUUGAUAAUGUCUUUUAAGAGCUUCGCCACUCCUCGCUACAUUGUGGAUACUGUCUACAUGACGGAAAAAAGCAACCCAAUUUCCAUACAUGCUAUAGUUCUUCCAAUAUCAAUUGCAGAUUAUAAAAACUUAUAUAAAAAUCCUUGCCGACAGUUUUGUUUGGUCUAUGAUAAAGGUAGAUACCUCAUUUUAUAUUAUUUUUAUAAAUACUUUCAAAAAUAUGUAUAUCUUAUGUAUUCGUUAAAAGGCAAUCGAAUCAUUAUAAAUUAUACGCCAUUAUUUAGACAGAUGCACUUAAUUGUAGUCCUGCUUGGAAAAAAACAUCAAUAUACCUCAUUAACUUGUUACAACUGAAUAUUGAAUUAUAAAACGUAAAUAGACUAAUAAAAUGUCCCUGCUAAUAAAGGAGUUUGGUUAAACAGGGUACCAGACGUGAACUGAGUCCUUUUUUACCCCAUUCGUUUUUUUUUUCUGGAAAACGAAAUUUCAAAGCAAAAACCAUGAAGGAAAAUUAGUUAUUUACAAAUAAAACAAAAGAAAAGAAA